AUGGUCUCCGGUUGCCACUGCUUGGUUGUACUCACGAAAGAUGUUAAGGAUGACCUGGCUGAAGAACUAGUAAGUAAAUGUCCAGCUAAAGUCUUUGAUAUUGAAGAUAUUGGAAAAGGUAGAAGAAGGGCUACUGUAGUCAAUGCACGAGCAUGCACUUUAUGUAGGGAAUGUAUCAGAGGAGGGCAAGAAUGGGAGGAUCGAGUAGCAUUGCGUUGUGUCAAAGAUCAUUUUAUUUUUACUAUUGAAUCAGCUGGAGCAUUACCGCCUGAUGUGCUAUUUACCGAAGUCGUGAAGAUUCUAGAAGAUAAAUGUGAACGAGUUAUUACAGAGCUUUCUUGA